AUGGAUAUGCUGGAAAGUGGGAACUACAGACAAGCGGCUCACGCGAAUGGGCGCACAGGAAACAUGACUGCCACAGAGUACCAGACGGAAUUCAGCAUGUGGGCCAUCCUUGCCUCCCCCUUGAUUGUCACCACCCCACUGCUAAACUGCUCCAAAACGGAUCAAAUUGCUGGGAACUUCACACCUGGGACAUGUGCAGCUUCUCUGACACCAUUGCAGAGAAGGAUUCUGUUGAAUACGGAAGUCAUCGCCAUCAAUCAAGACGAUACUCCGGCAGGUCGCUUGCUCCAGGAUGGUGACUGGAGCAUCUAUGGCCGAAAUCUCAGCGAUGGUUCUGUAGCUGUUGCAUUCUACAACCCCUCGGAGGAGAUCGCGCAGGUUAGCCUUGACUUGUCACUGCUUGGGUGGCAGACCGGAACUGUUGCAGCUGCGCGAGAUCUUUGGGCCAGAGCAGAUUUUCCAGCUAGCAAGGAUCGCUUCCCAGCCAGUGGUACGCUGCAGGUCGAGCCACAUGCGACCCUACUGUGCCGAAUCAAGAAGCAAGAGGUCCAGGAAGCAUUUGUUUGA